GAGCCCAGAUCAUCGACCUGAUGAUCCUGGUGGUGGACGUGGUGAAGGGCAUGCAGACUCAGACCGCAGAAUGUCUGCUGAUUGGAGAACUCACCUGCCCCAGCAUGGUCGUCGUCCUGAACAAGAUCGACCUUCUGCCGCCAAACAAGAGACAAAACGCCGUCGAGAAGAUGACGAAAAGAAUGCUCAAAACCCUGGAGAGCACCAGGUUUAAGGAAUGUCCCGUCAUCGCCGUGGCGGCCAGGCCGGGCGGCCCCGACGCCGCAGAACCCGAGGAGCCCCACGGAGUUCAGGAGUUAAUCGAGCUGCUGAAAAAGCAGACGUACCUCCCGAAGAGAGACCCCGCGGGGGACCUGCUGAUGGCGGUGGACCACUGCUUCUCCAUCCGCGGUCAGGGGACGGUCAUGACCGGAACCAUCCUGCAGGGGUCGCUGGCCGUCAACGACACGGUGGAGAUCCCCGUCCUGAAGGUGACCAAGAAAAUCAAGUCGGUGCAGAUGUUCCGGAAGCCGGUGUCCGGCGCCAUGCAGGGGGACCGUGUGGGCGUGUGCGUGACACAGUUCGACCCCAAGCUGCUGGAGCGCGGCGUGGUGUGCACCCCGGGCUCCCUGCGCACGCUCUUCGGCGCCGUCAUCUCUGUCAGGAAGAUCGGCUACUUCAAGGGCUCCCUGGCCACCCGGGCCAAGCUCCACAUCACCGUGGGUCACGAGACGGUGAUGGCCCGGGUGUCCUUCUUCGGCCUGCCCCCCUCAGAUGCUCAGUCGGCUCCGCCGGAGCUUCGCUCGCUGGAAGCGCCCUUCGACUUUGACAGGGAGUAUGUUUACCAGGACGAGUACGUCAGCGCUCAGGCAGACGGAGCGGGCGGAGGCCCCGACCCGGAGCAGUGGGCUCUGCUGGAGUUCGAGCGGCCCGUCACCUGCCCCGCUCUCUGUUUGGUGAUCGGCUCCAAGCUGGACACGGACAUCCACGCCAACACGUGCCGCCUGGCCUUCCAAGGCCGCCUGCUGCAGGGGUUUGAGGACAAAAACUACGCCGAGACCAGCCUGCCUCGCCUGCGCAUCUACAAGACCAAGCAGAAGGAGGGCCAGGUGGAGAGGGUGACCGACGACUACACCGUGAUCGGGCGCAGCCUGUUCAAGAAAGAGACCAACCUCCAGCUCUUCGUGGGGUUAAAGGUCACGCUGUCCACCGGCGAGAGCGGCGUGAUCGAGGGCGGCUUCGGGCAGAGCGGCAAGUUUAAGAUCCGCAUCCAGGCUCUACCCCCGAGCUCUGCGGCUCCGCGGACACGCAGUGGGAAGCGGGAAGAGCGGCAGGGCUGACAUCCCAAGCUGCAUUCCCAGGAUUCCUCUGGGGAUGGCCUGUGUUCCGGGGAAGUCUGAUGGUUGUUUAUUUUACCUUCUGUUGCUCAAACCCACCACUACACCGGGAGGGAAGUGAAAACACAAACACUGGAGAAAGAGAACCUCACCUACAUCCUCUCUGCUCAGUCGUUCAGGCUCAUAUUCAAGCAGGCACACCGGCUCAGAGGUUUGAGUUAGAGGAUAAACUACAGUUCCUGCCAAAUGCUUUACUCUCUUGAAUUUUUUGGCAUUCCAUAUCAAAAAUAAUAGUAAAAACAUCUCCAGACUGAAGUGAACUGUCACAAAGACUAAAAGCAGUUUUUGUUGCUUAGAUCAAGGAUAAAUCUUGUUUUGUUUUCUAGUUUUUUGUGACUUUUUUGAACAUACAAACAUUUGAACCAUUAACUGCACAGUGUUCCCUAAAUAACUAGUGAUAGCUGAAGACUGUUUUUAAUCCAGUAGAACUACACACUUUCUAGACUUUUCUCAGUCAGACAUGAACAUUUUCACACUUUUCUCUCUUGUUUAAACUCUCAAAGUUCAUACCUUUAUAGAAAAGUAAGUCCAGAAUCUUAGAAUGAAAUGAAAGACCUGAUAGUGAUUAAUGUAAAUGUAGAAAACUGAGUUUAUUCUGUACAGGAGAACACGGUGGAGACUGACAAGAUCAGCAGCCAAUCAGGACGCAGAACACUGUAGGGCGAGACAGAGAGGUCUGCGAUACCUCAGUGGUUGAGGUGUGAUGUAGUGAGGGAACACUACAUGAGAACUGGACAGAUUGAGUGUGAUGUCACCCAUAGAAGAUCCUUUACUGCCGGCUCCAACCAAAUGAAGUCAAGUCUAAAUCAGACAACACCAGUAAGCAGAGAUUGGUCCGAGUCAUUGUUUCUAUGGCAACCACUCUUGCCAAUUAGGAGUGAGUUUGUUGGAAGGCCACACCCCUACCACUUGAUGGCGACCUACUCGACGUUUGACAAUAAAACGUUUCUGUGAGACUACAUACUUUUAUUGAGGGAUCUGAUUGGUUAGUUUGUAACUUGAAUAACCUGCAAUAAAGAAAAAAAAAUGAUUAAAAAAACAGGUUUAUCAACAACAUGUUAAAAAAAUCAUAAAACGGUUAUUCUGAGAAAUAGAAUGACUGAUAAAUUGGCUGUUUAUCUCUAAAUCGAGGUCUAAGACUAUGUUUAAAUCCCUUCCUAAUAACUACUAAAAAGCUAUCUAGUACAAGUCUCUCUAGUGCUCUGAAUUUCUUUUUAUAACAUCACUGAUUUCCCAAAGUAAAAGCUUAACAAGUAUUAACAUUUCACAAAGAGCAUUUAUAAAUCCACUGUGAUACUUUAAAGUAACAACUUACCUCGUUUACUCCGUCAUGUGUAUCGUUCAAGCUGAUACCGCGAUGUUGAUGCGUUCUUGAUUUAUCCUGCAGGACUAAUUUACACACUGUUUUUUUCCACAUAAAGAAUGUUCAAAAGCAGUGCAUUGUGGUCUACAUUGAUGCACACGAGUUUCUUAGAGACUUCUGGGAAAUUUCUUGAGCACUGGAUUUUAAAUUUGUAGACUGAAAGCUCUACAAAAUGGUGAACGCCCUUGAAGUGACCAAGUAGUGAAGGAAUUUUCUUGGAGCCAAUGAGGACUUCCUAAUUGGAAUAUGAGGGGGAGGGGUCACUCAGUCCAGUUCUCUUUAUACAGUCAAUAUUCCUGCUCUACCUUUUUUUUAACGUUCUUGCUAAUACAAAUUUUUUUCAUAUUUUUUCUUUUUUACAAGCUAUUCGGUUCAUAAACUGGCCAAUCAGAGGCCUCAAUUAAAGUUAGAUGGUCUCAAUAGUUGACAGGUUUCAUGUCGCCCACUUUCAAGUGUUAGGGGCGUGGCCUUCCAACAAACUUACCCCUGACUAGGGCAGUAACGAGUCAAUCAAGCCACGAUUUGAUUCAGUUUUAAAGUCCCAAUUUUGACUUAUUUUAAUUUUUUUCUCAACAUAAUCAAUUAAAUCCACAGCAAGCCUGCAUGAAGAAACGUCAUCUUCUCUGCAUUUCUACAUUUAGGCACAGGCCGUGACAAAACGAUUUUUUAAAAUUUUCUGCAACGAUGAAGAUGUUGACGAGUUUGAAUCAUUUUUCUAAUCAAUUCUCAAAGAAUCGUGACAUCCUUACUCCUGAUAGGUGAGAGUGGUUGCCAUAGAAACAGUGACUCAGGCCGAUUCGGACCAAUCUGUUACUGACGCUGUCUCCAACACGGCAGUGUCCGAUCCCCCCAAAAAUGGUGACUAAAUAAACUUCCUUUGGUUGGAGUUGGAAGUAAACCAUUUCCUACGGAUGAUGUCACGUUCACUCACUCCAGUUCCAUUAUACAGUCAAUGAUUUAGAAACAUUUAAGAUAAAAUCCUUAAUCAUGAACUGAUUGAUGGUAUGAAAAAGGGAAGCGACAUAUUUUUGUUGCAUAUAUUUGUCUUAAAGUGUUCAGACCCCGACUGAAUGACCUUUUUAAUCUCUGUGCGGGAGAGUGGAGUCAACAGGAGAAUCCUCGUAGAGAUCGAGUUACCAUGACUUCUGGUACUGGUUCAAUGAAAGCAUUAAAUGUUUGAUUCGAUGCCAAAGGCUGUUUACAUAAACACGUGUUGAUCAGGAGUUUAUGUAGCUGCUCCUUUUCACCUGUUAAUGAGCACGUGUUUAAACUUUAAUCGUUUCUGGUUCAUAAUCUGUGCAGGUAAACAGGGAACACAUGUCAGGGGAAUUCUGUCUUUGGGAAUGUUUGUUUGCCUCUCGAAUGUUGUGCGCAUGUUUUGAAGUGAAAAAUAAAAGAAAAAUUCAAACUGAUCCAAAAGAUUAGGAGGAAAGAUUUCUGGCUACACUGCAACCAUAACAACCCUCAGCCUGGCACAGCGAUAACCAGAAGAAUGCUGGCGCCGCCGCGCACCGGGUUAGACAUCCAGCAUGGAAAGCAGUGAACCUAAAACAUUCUUUUUUCUCUUUGCGUGUGCAAAAUGAAAU